GGUUUAGGUGAAAAUGAAGUUUAACUUCGAGUUCAGGGAAAGUCAUGUUUUCACCUAACCUGCUUUAACCUGCAGGUUUUUAAAUGGUUUUGAAUGUUACUACGGUGGCCUGUUAGCUUACAGCACAUUUGACUGACAGAUUGUGAUUUUGAAUGUAAACAUGCAGAAAGUUGAACUCUGCAGCAUUCAGAGCUGUGACGUCAUCAGCGACAUGGCUUUGAUCGUCGUGAUGUCACCAAGUCUUGCGCAGCAGCUCACCUAAUAACUGCAGCUUAACAGGCAAUCAGACAACUUCUGAACUUCAAUAGAGACACCACGCUGGUGAGCAAGAGAGAUUAACUCGACAAACACACGUUAAACAACAUCUAUUCAGUGAAAUACUUCGGUAUUCCCGUAAAAAGUGAUUCUUCCAGUAAAAAAAAUGGCAAGUUCUGCCGACAGACCCCAAAACUGUAGAACCAACAUACAGACAGCUCGCAGGAACAAGAACAUGAACUGCGAAGCUCCUCAUGAAGAAAUCAGGAGGCUUCAAGGGAUGCUGAGCAGAGGCAGGGAGAACUUUAACUAUGAACAGAACUGGAGGAUCCAAUUUAGCCAAGAGCUAAGCCAGACAAAGGAACAGCUGGCUUACCAGAAAGCCAAGACUGAAGACUUUAUCAAGAGGGAGAAAGAAGCUAGAAAGGAGCUUGAGAGGCUGAGGCAGUACUGUGACGCAGAAGCUCUCAGCGCCUCGAACAUUGCCUCUCAGGUGGCCAAUAGUAUAAAGAGGAGGAAGAAGAAAGAUCUUCAGAAAGACUACGAGGAUCUGAAAGUGGCAUAUACGAUAUGCCAGAAGAGGUUCACGGAUGAGCUCAAUGCGGAGAGGAACAAGAACAGCGCUCUCCAAGAAGAACUGGAGAAGCUCAGAGCUUCACACCAUGAGCUCAGCCUGAGAGGUGAGGACGAUUCCCUCGCUCUCAAGCAGCGGGUGGAAAGUUUUCACAGUGAGCAUGAGACAGAAAACAAGUCUCACUCCGACACGGUGGAGCAAGAUCUCCAGCUGAUCGACACCCUGAAGGCGGAGAAAGCCGCUCUAAAGGUGGAGAACAACAGCUUGAAGGCGGACAAAGACGCCCUUCAGCGUGAGCUAGAGACUGAAAAGCUCACUCAUGCCAACAUGGCGGAGCAAGAUCUCAAGAUGAUUGAGACUUAAGGACUGAGAAAGACAGCUUUAGUCAAAAGAUGGCAGAGGAGAUGAUGAAGAUGCAGAAAGAAAUUGAUAGCAAGGUCAUGCUCUAUGAGAGAAUACUGGAGCCACUGAGAACCAUGCUCGACAUGCAGGUCUCACUCAACAACCAGCUCUUAGCUAAGCUCAAUGCUAAGGAAGUCACCAGCUGUGAAGAGCAUGAUGACCCUGAGGAACAGCAUGAGGAUGGACAAUGUGAGGACCAGGACUCUCUCCCUGG